AUGAGCUUUAGUCCGGGUCGGCCUGAGCAGGUCCCGUCAUCGAAGGGCUUCGAGCACCUGGAGCACCAGGAUUCGACACAGCUCCGACGCUUCGUGGAGCGCCUGGCGAAGGUCUUGGACGGGCAGAUUUUGAGUCAAAAGCAGCUGAGCGCCUUCGUGGAGUGGUUCGCGCGCAGAGGCCCUACAAAAAAGGGUGACUUCGAGAGCUUCAAGAACUUGCUUCGUGAACAGACUUGGAUCCUCUGGCAUGCGGAGAGUCUCCCGCAGCAGCGGUGGAAGCUCCGGCGCUAUGGCAAUGAGACCACCCACGAGAUUGGUGCCACUGCGAUCGGCCCGGCGAGCACGGCGAGCAGGGCGAGCGCCAAGCGCCAGGAGCAGUGGCUGCGCAGUUGGCGAAAGCGGAGGCCGCCAUCAACGGAUGAGCUGAUGGCAAGCUUGGAGGCACUGGAGGGGAAUAGCCCAGUGGAGGGGAUCCCGGUGGAGCUCCAAGCGAAGAGGCAUCCGUUGACCGAGGCGGGGUAUCAGCAGGCCAUGGAGAACUACACGGACCUCUGCGUUUUCAUCCAGGAGCUGCUGUGCCAGAUGGGGGGCAAGAUCCUGCGGAAAGGGCAGCUGAUGCCUUUUACCUUUUGGUAUGCACGCCUUGGCUGGAAGACCUAUGCAGGUCUUGAUGGAUUGCUGGAAGUCCUGUUGCAGCAGACCUGGCUCCUUUGGCCAGAGGAAAGCUCGAGCGUGCAGGUGUGGAAGGGCCGCAUCUCCCUCCGGCGCAUGGCGAAGCGCCGGAGGAGCCCCAAGUGGUUCCUCGCGCGGUCGGGCCGUUUCGAGGGGAAGCAGCUGGUGAAGUUCUUUGGAGCGAAGUAUGUGGAGCCGAAAGAGUUUGGCCGCUUGCUGCUCUAUGCACGGCGGAGUCUGCUGAUGACCUCUGAAAUCUUGGGCUUGGCUGUGCGACGCUUGGGGCGCAUGAGAAUGUGGCAAGUGGCCUUCUUGCUGCUCAAUUCGGUGUGCAAGGCAGAACUUCAAGUUGAUACGGCCCCCUAUGUGUCGGCCGUGGAUGCUUGCCGGACGAUCGAGCGUUGGGACCUGGCAUUGGAGUGGUUGACAGCUGCCAAGCAGCAGAACUUGCCAGCGACCAAUGUGAGUAAUGCAGCGAGUGCGGCCAUUUUAAGGUGUCGAGGUCAAGCAGGCUGGCCACAAAUGCUUCAGCUGCUGAUGAAGCUCCUGGAUGUCCCACCUUCUGCAGAUCAAAUCAGCUUUGGGACGGUCUUGUCUGCCUGCAGCGAGUCGCAGAGUUGGGAACUGGCGAUCCAGCUGGUCCAGCUGAUGCAAGCCUCGCAGGUUUUGCCCGAUCUCGUCCCAUUGGCCUCUGCUGCCACCGCUUGCAAUCGAGCUGACACGAUGUUCGCCUGGCGCUGGUCCUUGCAUCUCUUCACCUUGGCGCGCUGGGUGGGGCACACGCCGAAUCUGCGGCUGCACAACUGCGCCAUCUCCGCUGCCAGCCGUCUUCCUGGUGGGAACUGGCCCUUAGCUAUGUUGCAGCUUCAAGAGAUCUUUGAGGCACGCUUGCAAGCUGACCGUGUGUCCUUUUCAACCGCUUGCGCUGCGUGCCAGAGAUCCGCGGCGGUGGAUCAAGCCUUCCGGUUGCUAAAGGAGCUCCCUAAAUCCAAGGUGCAGGCCUGCGCUCUCUUCUACAGCACGCUGGUCAUGACGGGGGUCAAGGUGCUGCGGUGGCAGGAGGCAGCGGCCUACUUGCCUCAAUUGAAAUCCAGCAUGAAGACCAGAGAAGCCUUCUUGGGAUCCAUGGCCGCCCGGCGCGGAACCCUUCACCGUUUUAAAGCAGUUUUAUGGUGA